AUGUCCCAGGAGGAACAGGACCGGGAUCGGGAUCGGGACAGGGACCGGGAUCAGCACCGGGACCGGCACCGGGAUCAGGAGUGCGACAGGGACCGGGAGUGGCUCCAGGAGGGGCACCGGCACCGGGAACGGAACCGGGAGAGCAACGGGGAACAGGACUGGGAUUGGGACCGGGAUCAGCACCGGGAGCAGAACCGGGACAGCAACAGGGAGCAGCACCGGGAGCGGGAGCGGGAUCAGGAGUGUGAGAGGGACCGGGAGCAGCACCAGCACCGGGAACGAAACCGGGAGAGUGACGAGGAACAGGACUGGGAUCGGGGUCUGGAUCGGGACAGGGACCGGGACCGGCACCGGGAUCAGGAGUGUGACAGGGACCGGGAUCAGCACCGGGACCGGGAUGACCCCCAGGAACGGCACCGGGAGCACCGGGACGAACCCCAGGAACGGCACCGGGACGAGCCCCACGAUGGUGACCGCCAUCAGCCCGGGGCUCGGGACCGGCACCCCGCGCCGCCGCCGCCCUCCCGGCUCUCCCUCCCCGCUGCCCCGUCCCCGAGCCCCCGCCGCGGCCGCGGCCGCUGCCGCCCGUACCCGGCGCAGCGCGUUUACCGGGCGCGCUGCUCCUUCCUGGAGCUGAGCGACGAGCAGGCGCUGCGGCGCUGCCGCCUGGACCGCGCCGCCAUCGCGGCGCUGUGCCGGGAGCUCGGCGCCGACCUGCAGAGCCUGACCGGGCGCAGCCACGCGCUGCCCGUGGCCGUCAAGGUCACCUCGGCCUUGGCCUUCCUGGCCUCGGGAUCCUUCCAGACGGCGUCGCGCCUCAGCACGGGCAUCAGCCAGUCGGCCAUGUCCAACUGCCUGGCGCAGUUCCUGGCGGCCUUGCAGCGGCGGGCGCCGGCCUACAUCGCCUUCCCGCCCGCGCCCGCGCCCCCCGGGGACCCCCCGGCGCUGCCUGGCGUGCUGGGCCUGGUGGGCGCCAUGCACGUGGCGCUGAGGGCGCCGGCCGACCGCGAGCCCCUGUUCCGCAACGCCGCCAACUUCCACUCCAUCAACAUGCAGGUGGUGUGCGACCGCCGCGGCCACAUCACCAACGUGGUGGCCAAGUUCCCCGGCUCGUGCGCCAACGCCACCGUGCUGGAGAACUCGGCCCUGGCGCGCCUCAUGGAGGGCAGCAGGCCCGAGGGGGUCUGGCUGCUGGGUGAGGGGG